AUGCAGUACUCUUUCGUCACUCUUUUCGCCCUUGUUGCCGCCGUCUCGGCCCUGGCUACCCCUCAGCAGCAGCACAAUGCUUUCGUCAAGCGCCAAGCUGCUGAUGGUGCCGCUCAGGGUGGCGUCCCCGUCAACGCCGCAGCCAUGACCAACGCGGCAGGCGAGGUCAUCGCCUUCGACGCAACCAAGGUCUACCAAGACAGCAAGGCCAAGGGUCUGUGA